AUGGAAUUAAAGAUCUCAGGGCUAGCCGAUAUCUUAUUAACGCAUAUCACAGCUACUCCCACAACGAGUGAAACGAUCAUGGAUUCCCUUAAGAUGUUUGAAAGUGAAAUAGUUAGGAUCAGGUUAACCAUACCAAUCCGUGGAAAGUUAAAAUUAAUGGAUGAAUGCUUAAAAUCAAUGGAUGCAUGCUUAAAAUCAAUGGAUGAAUGCUUAAAAUCAAUGGAUGUAUGCUUAAAAGCACUGGAUGGAUACUCAGGACCAAUGCAUGCAUACUUUAAAUUAUUGGGUACACAUUAA